AUGGAUACCCGUGGGUCGUUUUUCUUGGACCCAUCCUCCGCGAUGGCGGCCAUAACCAAACACAAAGUUGAAGCCAUAAAACUCGCUCGAGAACAGGGAAUCGCCGUGCAAGAGAUGUGUCGACGUGCAAAAACCGAUGUCCCACCUUACGAGUUUGAAGAACUCAUAGGAAAGGGUGCUUAUGGCCGUGUUUACAAAGGCCACGAAACCAAAUCCGGCAGACUUGUUGCCAUAAAGGUCCUAGAUAUCGAUUCGCUGGAUUACAAGUCAUUGCGAGAUUUCAGGGAUGAGUCCAUCAAGGAUUUUAUUCACGAAACGAAGGUCAUGAAGCAGGUCAAGGAUUCUGGGGCGAAAAACAUUAACGAGCUGAUUGAAGCUAUCUCUAUCCACUCACAAUUGUGGCUUGUUUGCGAGUAUUGUCCAGGCGGUAGUGUCCGUACACUGAUGCGUGCAACCGACGACAAGCUGGAUGAGAAAUACAUUAUACCAAUUGCCCGCGAGUUGGCUGUUGGUCUUCACGCUAUCCACGAGGCCGGGAUCAUCCACCGCGAUGUCAAAGCCGCAAACAUCCUCAUUCAUGAAGAGGGUCGCUUGGAGAUCUGUGACUUCGGUGUCGCUGGUGUGCUGCAAUCCCAACGAGACAAAAGGUCUACGUGGAUUGGAACGCCACACUGGAUGCCACCUGAAAUGUUUGCAACUCGGGGCGAGGCCCAUCGUUACGGAAGCGAAAUUGAUGUAUGGGCGUAUGGAUGCACUCUAUUCGAAUUUGCAAAUGGUAAUCCUCCAAACUCUGGCUUGCGAGAGCGCAUGCAAAUCGGCCGUCAACUCAAUCGAAACACCCCCAAACUCGACAGCGAAAGGUACAGUCAAGGUCUGAAGGACCUCAUCGCUUUCGCCCUUGAUUCCAACCCCUCCACCCGCCCCACGAUGGCAGACAUCCUAGCUCAUCCUUACAUUGCUGACACGGAUGAGGAGUAUCCCACCUCGACCGUCAGUGAGCUAGUGCGAAACUACUACCAGUGGUCACAGCGAGGAGGCCAGCGUAUCUCUUUGUUCCACCCAGGUGGUGCGGCGGCAGCAGAACUCCCCGGCACCGAAGAGUCAGACGACGAUUGGAAUUUCAGUACAACAGACGGGUUCGAGCGUAGAUUUUCCGUCAUUGAUCUGGAUCAAAUAGCAGCUUCUCUCGCUGCAAUGGAACAAGCAGCCAGCCCAACCGAUUCAAAAUCCGAGCAAGACUUCAUGGAUGAGGGCUCCGAGGGUGAAAUGAACUAUGAAGACAAAGUCAAUUUUGAUGAACGUGUGCGCCGAGGCGCUGAAGCUAUGCAAGGGCUCUUUGAUGAGGAGAAGCCCAGCUACGUUUACGAGACUAAAAACGACUUUGUUCCUAUUGAACCUACUCCAUCCAUCUCAGAUCUACCUCUCCGCACAGAGACAGACCGCUCUUCUGUCACAUCAACCUUCAUUGACAUCGACAUUGGCUCAUUCGAGGCAUCGCAUUAUGCGGCGGGAGCGCCUGCUGCCCAGCCUUUCCAAUUGGUCGAUGCAGACACCAUUCGCGCGAAUCGUUCCAGUAUUCGAUUUAACAGAAACUCCAAUGAAAACAGCUCGAAGUCUUCCGACAGCGGCAUGGAAAGCGACGGAGCUGCAUCUAUUGAUGAUACAUUCCAGCCGUCCGGUCCACGGCCUCCUACUAUGGACUGGAAGUUCCCAGUAUUCAUGCAGACCGAAGAAGAAAAUCCGACCGAAAGCGAGCAGACUCCUGGCCAAGACUCUGACCCAAAUCCUGCUCAAGAGCCAAUUGAGGAAGAGUCCCUCCAGGCCGAAAAGCGUGCUACAAUGGAAUGGACAUUCCCCGUCAUGGGAUCCGUCCCCGAGGAGCAGACGUAUACUGAUCGCCAUGACACUCUUCGUGCACCACUUCCCGAGAUCCAGCCUAUUCCAGAGUCUCAACCAGUCGACGAGCCUGAUGACUUCCGCCCUUCUACAUCUGCAUCCAACGUGUCUGACUCGGACUACGAUCCUUUCCGUUUCGACCGCCCAACCACACCUCAGGGCACAAACUCUCUCCACCAUAGCCACUUCUUUGACCAUGAUCUCCCUGAAAUGAUGACUCAAGCUGGCUAUCAUGAGUACGAGUCUUCAGGGAUUCUGGACGGGCCGGGGCCCGAUGAAGAAUCCCAUCCUAUGUGGCGAGACUCAACCGACGGUAGCACACCACCACUACCGACAGCCAUCCCAAUUCCCGAAACCCCCACUGCGGCCUCGGUGACUUCUGGUCCUGUCUCAGAGCCCGGUUCUCCGGUUUUUGAAACAAUUCGCAAUGUGCGACGAGACCAGGACCAUGAAGUCACGACCACGAGACCUGAAGAAGUCGAUGCCAUCCCCUUCCCAUCGCUUGUUGCACCAAGUGCCGCGAGCUUGAUGGAGGAUGCUGAUGACACCGCUGUUACAUCUGAGCUCGAUCGGUUGCUGGGCGACUUCCUUGGGUCUCUCUCAGCCACGAGCCAGGCUCUCUCCAGGUACCAUACUGCCACUACUAGUGACUACGAGGCCACGAAGGUCUAG